AUGAACGGCUUGCAGCCCUGGCAACUCGAAGCGCCCAUUAGAAUCUUGUGGAACCACACAAACACUCCAAAGGGAACGGAGGAUUCCGGCACUCCACUGGAUAUUUCCCGCGCCCAGGCUACCGUUGAUCCGAAGGGUCUAAGCCCGCUUGGUAUUCCCGGGCCUAGGGAUGAAGCAGUCAAGGAAUAUGGUGAGUGGCAGGUGUGGCAGGUCACGCAUGACACUCGCAAGACUGCAUUUCGACAAGUAUGCGAGGUGAUGCUUGAGAAUAGUCUUGAUCUCGAGCAGGUCUACAAGGGUCAAGGCCCGGAUUUAUUUAUCGCCAAGCGCAUAAAGAUGGGUAUUGCUCGAUGUUUUGUAGAAGACAUUCGGCGAUGGGUCGAGGCGUGA